AGCCACGCCAAGCCAACUAAAGCCAAGCAUCUGUCACUGUUAUCUCACUGGAAAAAAAUAAUAAAAAAAAAGAAAAAGAAAAGAAAACCUCCUGAAAUCACUCCGCAGUCGUGCCAGUUUCAGACUUAGAACUUUAAAAUCUCAAAAAAAAAAAAAAAUAAUCAUCUUUGUUUCUUUUCUCUGAGUUUCUCUUUGCAUGGCAUCUCACAUUGCAACUUCCAUGAAUCCCAAGGCCAAUAUCAACAACAACAGUGGCAGCAAUGGCUACGGUAGCGAGAGCAGUAGCGGUACCAAUAGCAACUCUCCAAGUCCACCUCCUUCACCGCUGCAGCCGCGUCUUUCUCCGACUCUAUCUCAGUGCCGCCGCCGGCUAAGUUCCAAGAACCACUCCUUCAUCCGCCGUAAAAACCCUGGUUCCGGCCUGAACUUCGGGCCGAAUCUCCGGUACUUGUUGGUGCUGCCGCUUUUGUACGUUUCCGGCUUGGUCAUGUGUGUCGGUCAAUUUUCAGGGCUUUUGGGCUACGCUUCUGUUCCUGGAUCAGUGUAUCGUAGCCAUGAGAAUUUUCAAAGGCUGUGGGAUGAUAUUCGCUUUGAUAAUUCUUCUGCUCUUCAGUUGUCCUCUGUGUGGAAAUAUAAAAGAAGGAUGAAAAUACAGAAACCUUGUCCAAAUUCAACGGCUAGAAAUCAUUUCUUCAUGUACAGAACUAGUAUAACAGAGUCUCCUGGUUCUAGCGGUUACUUGAUUGUUGAUGCUAAUGGUGGUCUUAACCAACAACGUUCUGCGAUAUGCAAUGCAGUGGCUGUAGCUGGACUCUUAAAUGCAAUACUAGUUAUUCCACAGUUUGAACUCAACAGUGUUUGGAGAGAUCCAAGUCAGUUUGGGGAUAUAUAUGAUGUGGAUUACUUCAUAGACAACCUUAAAGGUUAUGUAAAUGUGGUUAGGGAGUUACCUAAAACAUUGAUGGAAAGAUAUGAUCGCAACAUCUCCAAUAUUCCAAAUCUUCGUGUCCAAGCUUGGGCUCCUGUAAAUUAUUACUUGGGAGUUGUUCAUCCCAUUUUGAGGGAUCAAGGGGUUAUCCGCAUUGCACCCUUUGACAAUAGAUUGACAAUGAAUGUCCCACCUCAUAUUCAGUUGCUAAGAUGCAUAGCCAAUUAUAAAGCGUUGAAGUUCUCUCUACCUAUAUCAACUCUGGCUGAGAAACUAGUCAAUAGGAUGAUUGAGAGGAGCUCAACAAUUGGGGGAAAAUAUGUUUCUGUCCACCUCAGGUUUGAGCAGGAUAUGGUUGCCUUCUCAUGCUGUGCGUAUGAUGGAGGAGAAGCUGAAAAUUUAGAAAUGGAUUCUUUUAGAGAAAAAGGGUGGAAGGGGAAGUUUAAACGAAAAGAUCAUGUCAUAGCACCUGCUCUCAAUCGAGUCGAAGGAAAAUGUCCUCUAACCCCUGUGGAGGUUGGACUGAUGCUAUGUGGUAUGGGAUUUGACAACAACACUUCAAUUUACUUGGCCUCAGGAAAUAUUUACCAGGCAGAAAAAUAUCUAGCUCCUUUGCUAAAGAUGUUUCCCCUUCUUUACACCAAGGAGUCUCUUGCUAAACCCAAUGAGCUUGCUCCCUUCGAGGGGUAUUCUUCAAGGCUGUCAGCUUUGGACUACACAGUAAGCUUGUUUAGUGAGGUGUUUGUGACAACCCAGGAUGGAAACUUUCCACAUUUUUUGAUGGGCCACCGAAGAUUCCUUUUUGGUGGACAUGCGAAGACUAUUAAGCCUGAUAAACGCAAGCUUGUGGUUCUGCUGCAGGACAUGGGUAUAAGUUGGAAAGCUUUCAAGGAAGAGAUGGAAGUAAUGCUCGCGGAGAGUGAUCGUAAGGGGAUGAUGGUGCCCAGAGUUAAAAAAUUCAAUAGAAAAACAUCCAUAUACACAUAUCCUUUGCCAGAAUGUGCGUGUCUCCAGCAUUCAAAUAAUUCAACGCUCAAAUUAACUGACAGUGCUGAUGUUCUCGAAUCCUACUACGAGUCUAUGAGAUAAUAAGCAAAGUUCAUACUUUAAUGGUGUCCAUUACAGUGCAAUCAUCAACCAUAUACUUCUAAGUGCAUUGUUGUUGCGUUUACCAUAUGUCCAUGGUUGUUCUCCAUCCUUGUUGUGCUAUCUGAUCUGCAAAGGCAGAUGAGGAUUGCAGCUUAAGCAGGCAACAUGCAGGUUCUCCAAUUUUGAUCAUGCCAAAAAUUCCUAGUCCGACAAUGGUGCUUUGGUUUUACAUAAAGAUGCGAAUUUUUUGUUUUGCUUGCAGUGCGGAUGUAAGUAACAAGAUGUAGGUUCUUACACGAUUCUUUUGUAUUUUCAUAGUGAGUUUCACCCUUAUAGUAGCAGCAGGACAGCUUUCAUGCUUGCUCGUUUACUAUGAAGUUCUGCAAAGUACUGAUUCUGUAUCUCAUGAAAUUUUUUGGUACGACAAGAAGACUAGCUGGCGUUGUCUUGGGUGGAAAUAAAAUUAACCA